AAAACGUGGAACUUGGUGAGCGAUGAACACUCCAACGACACGAUCGCGUGGAACGAGAACGGGCGCACGUUUACGGUUUGGAAACCGGACGUGCUCGAGAGUGAAUACUUGCCCAAGACGUUUAAGCACUCCAACUUUGCGUCCUUCGUGCGGCAGCUGAACAACUACGGGUUUCGCAAGUGUCACAGCGAUCGAUACGAGUUCGGCGUCGAAGGCUUCGAGCGCGGGAAGCCGGAACUUCUGACGACGCUGAAGCGACACGACGCGCCGAGGACGAAGAAGACGGGCGCGGGCGCGACGGGGAAGAAGACGGGCGGCGGCGCGAGCGCGCGCGGUCUAGCUUCGGAAGUCGAACAGCUCAAACGCGAUCGUCUUUUGCUUUUGAAGGAGGUGAUGCGUUUGCGCGAGACGCAGAGUUCGCAACGCGACGAGGUCGCCGCGCUGACGAAUAGAUUAGCGGUGACCGAAAGUUUCCAGACGCAGAUGCGGCACUUCGUG